AUGACGCGCUGUGUCCCGUCGCACGAGAACUCGGUCCAAGGGCGGCACACACUUUCUUCGUUCUACUCGAACAGCGGCAUCGAAGACAGAGAUGCAUACAGUGUUGGAUACACCUCGAUGGACGGCAUUAAGUACUGCGAUGGGGACUGCAGCGACUCGGGCGACGAGGUGAUCCGCCGCGCUCUGGGCGGGCGCGGCAGCCACCAGUACAACAGGCGUUACCUCCUCAGCGCCGAGAACCACAAGAUCAACAUGUUCGAGGCGGUUGGCGCUUGCGGGAGGCUCGACUGCCUGGUCGGGUAG